CGGAGGGGAGUGAAGUAACGUCCCCGAUCUUGUUGCGUCCCGCCCCGCCCGAACUCUCUUCUCUCGGGUAAUGGCGGGAAGCCUGCGGCAAUUCGCGUUCGUGGGCACCGCGGUUGCAGUCACCGGUGGGGUCGCCUAUGCUCUUUGGCGCAAUUACUUAUCCUCUCAAGAGCCUCCGGGACCCGAAAAUCAGCAGGCUCGGCUCCGGCUCGGUGUGCAAGGAAGAGGCACAGGCCCGCCGGCGGGACAGGAUAAACCAUCCAACAAGCAAAUCUUGGUUCUAGGCUUAGAUGGAGCUGGAAAAACCAGUGUUCUCUAUUCACUAGCAACUAACCAAGUAAAGCGCAACACAAUUCCCACCAAAGGUUUCAAUGCAGUGUGUAUCAACACAGAAGAAACAAAGAUGGAAUUCCUAGAAAUUGGGGGCAGUGAGUCUUUAAGAGAGUAUUGGAAGAUGUAUAUGCCAAGAAUCCUGCUGCUGAUCUAUGUUGUAGACUCAGCAGAUCAUGAACGCUUCCCAGUUGCCAAAACACUUCUUCAUCAGCUGGUCCAUAAUAACUCUACAUUGCCAGUAAUGAUUCUAGCCAAUAAGCAGGAUCUUGAAGGCGCACAUUGUAUCACAGACAUUCAUGACGCUUUGGCUUUAUCUGAAAUUGGAGACGAAAGGAAGAUAUUUCUGAUUGGUACACAUGUGGCAAAGGAAGGCUUAGAGAUCUCUUCCGGCUUGAAAGAUACCCGGGAACUGAUUGCACAGCUGAUGUCAGAAACUCUGUGAUAAUGAGGUGGAAUGGAACGCCACAAUAGGACAUGCAGUAGCAACUAUGAAUAGCGUCUCUUCAGAUCUUGGUGGCAUCAAACCCUAGAUAUAGAAUUGCUAUGAAAAUGGUUUUGAAACUGAAAGAAAUGAUAUUUUUUUUGUUUAGAAGUGCUUUAGAAAAAAGAAGGCCAGUACUCUCCUGAGAGCCCAACAUUUCUACAUAUAAUAUGUAUUUCUCUGAAACCUAUUUCUUUUUCUAGAAGGUUGUUCCAUGUUUAAUCACUCCUUCAAUUUAAAUGUAUAUUUCUGUGCCAGCUUUCCUUUUUUUAAAAAAAGUAGCACUUCAGAGGAGGCCAAAGUUGUUAGCCCAGCUAAAUACUGAUUUUCUCUUAUAUUCAAGGCAUAGAGAAAAGAUUAUACCAUAUGAGUAUUUUAGGGACUAGAGAUUUCAUGUUCAAAUAUCUGUAUGGGUUAUAAAUUAUUUUCUUACUUGGGGAAAAAUUUAAUGGAAAACAUAUAUAGAAGUAUACUUAUUCCUGAUCUUUCCUUGGGACACUCCAAGAAAGAAUAGUUAUGCAGAACUACUCCACAGUUUUCUUAGUAUUAUCUCAGUUUUGUUCAUUAACAGUAUUGCAGAAUUCCAUCCUGGAAUUAAAAGAAAUAGGAUAUAGUAUUGAUAACUUUGGAGCUUUGAUGUUCAAGGAGACCUCUGAAAAUAUCAUGAUUAGACGAGAAAACAAACUAAUGGAUUACAGAAAAAAUCUACAGCUCUCACUUGAGGCACAAAUGACCAAGUUCAAAUUAUAUUUUAAACAUAAGAUGGACCAUUGAAAAGUCUAUAAUGCUGGGAAAUGUUGAAGAAAAAAGAAGAGGAUAAUUGGCAGCAAUGAUGAGGGACUUGAUUAUAGAAGUGGUGGUCUAAAUGUUAGGGACAGAAAAUAUCUUAGAGAAAAUCUAUGAGAUAUAAGCAUCUUAAUCUCCAGUAAACUGCAUACUCACAUUUCACCAGCUUUAAUGUGUGUUCAGUUAGCAUUUGGUUCUACCAAUUUCCUCACUAAUGUUUAUUUACUGUUUAAUCCCUCAAAGUCGUAUCUCUCAAAUCAAGCAUUGAGACCUUCAAAACUGGCUUUUCAAUCAAAUGCCCAAAUCGCUAAGGCCAGUAUUAAUAAUAGUAGAUUUUAAUGGUAGCAUAGGAGCCAGUGAUGAGGCUCUGCUCCAGCAUUUUAACAUCCCAGGCUUCUGUCUAAUUGGGUUGGUUCAUUGGAAAUCUAAACAUAAGAGCAUUAAUAUAGAGAAUGAGUGAGAAUUGAUAGGAGAAUGGGUAGAGUGGAGUUUGCUUCAAUUGGUAAAAUUUGCCCUGAAGGUCUUUGUGACAGGGUAAAGUCACCUUUUGGGGCUCCAGAGUGACUUCUAUUGUAAAGUACAUGCCGAUUUCUGAAGAUCCAGUCCUUUACUGUUUAAAUUUUAGUAUUAGCUUCCAUCUUGAAAGUGAUCACUUACCAUUAAUAGACUCCUUUUCUUUGAGUCUACAGAAUGAGGACAACUUCCCCUCAAUCUUGCCCCCAUCUGCUUUGUCCCUCAUCUGAUAGAUACCAGCCAAUAAGAGGCUAGUACAGUGCUUCUCAGUGUGAUCCUUUCAGGAGUCUGCAAAAUCAAAAUUAUGUACCAGCUUAUGGUGAAAAACAAUAUAAAAACAAAACUUCAUUUGAUGUUAAAAUACAUCAAAUGAAGUGAGGCAGUAACAGCAGCACAUAUCCAUUUUAAUUUUUAAUACAGUAAAUGCUGAUGAAUGUAACCUGUGCAAAUAACAGCUGUUUUGGAAUUCUCCAUAAAUUUUAAAAGUGGAGAGGAAUCCUGAAAUUCUUUUUAAGCAACCCAAUUUCUUAAAUCAUAGGUCAACUGUUUGAAACAAAUCGUUGGUAUAAUCAAGGGUACUUCUAAAAUUUUUGCCACUGUUCAAAAAAGUGACUGAUUUACCUCAGAACUGUCAAAUCAAACUCCAAUCCAUUGUUCAAAUAAACAGUCCAAUCCUUGGUUUGUAAGAAUUGUGUUCGAACCAAGGCUAUACUAACCCAGCUUACAGAAGUGCUCAAUUCAGCAAUGAUUCUCCCUAUCAUGAAAUAUUUCUGGCACAGGUAGUCCUCGACUUACAACAGUUCAUUUAGUGACUAUUUGAAGUUACAACGGUACUGAAAAAGGGGGACUAUAUGAUCAUUUUUCACACUUAAUGAUUGUUGUAGCAUCCCAUGGUCACAUGAUUUACAUUCUUAGCAACCACAGAACUUCAGACAAAGCAAAAACAGAACUGAAAAUACACCAAUAAAAUUCAAAAUUUAAAAUACAGAAUGAAAAACAAAACCCUUGAGGUAACAUUGAAGAGGAAUCACCAGUUAUCAUCCAUAACUAUUUCAAGAAACUUGGCAACUUCUGUAGUGGUUAGGUCUUGCAGAAGAAAGACUAUAAUUCCUUAGUGAGAGUUUAUGACCCGUGGACUUCAACUAAGAUUUUAAUAAUAAUAAGAAUCUUAUUUGUAUUAAGAAGAUAGGAAGAGGCAAAAAUAGUCACAUUUGUUUCAAUGAAAGGAAUAAGGAAGAAUCACUGCAAAAUUUGAUCUGUUACUUUAUUUCUGGAUAUGUGGAUAGCUAAAUUAGUGCAAUUUAUUAGCUGAUAAAAACUCAAUAGAAUUUUUAUGCAAAUUAUUCAUAUGAUUCCUCUUGCAUUUAAAGUUUCAGACUGAUUGCUUGGCUUGGCUUUCUAAGAAAGACAUGGAAAAUGCUAGAUACUGGCAUUUUAUAUCAAUGGCUGCCUAGUCAUAAUUGGUAGUCAAGAAUUGUGAUGAGAGAUUCAGGAUAAUGGCCAAGUUGCAAAAAACUAUUUUUUAAAUGUACAGGAUAGCAGCAGCAAUUACUUAAUUCCUCCAUCCUUUUACAUGCUCCUUUUCAGUCAUUAGCCAAGCACCCUGAAUCUCCCCAGCAUACCGCUUCUUUGCUUAUACCUGAUACCGGCACCAUUUGAAGGGGCAAGAGGGAGAUUAUUAGGCUGAAAGCAAAUAAGAGUGAAGAAGAGAAAUAAGAGGCAGUUAAAGAUGUUUUAUUAUAGUACUGGUUUUUAGGGCGUGCAUGCUGUCUUUAUUCUCUGCUAAAAGUUCUACCAGAUAGACAAGAUAAGCACCUCAUAUCUGAGCUCUGGACCAAUAUUACUCAAUAGCUACCUUUUGUUCUGUUAAUUACAGUGUGAAAAUCUGUUCUUGGCUGACACCAAUAAAUUGGGAUAGUCACCAAAUCUAUACAGGAUUAUAGAAACCUAACCUUUGAUUAACUAAGACAUUACUGGCACUCCUGUUGCUGUGGUUAAGGAAAUCAUUGCAGUCAGUAAGCAAAGAUAUGACAUGGUUGCCAUUUGCAACCUGCUUUUUUUUUUUUUUUU